UCGGCAGUUUCGAAAGCUUUCACUGGCGGCUGCUUAUUACAAGCUACAAUCUUAUUUCAAUACUCAAGUAUAAUCUCUAAGAAAUCUGUGAAUAUAACCUCAGAGUAAUUUGUGCAACUGAGAAAAAAGUACACGCGGAAUAUUGUCUCCUGAGAUAAUAUUUAUUUAAAAACAUGAACAUGGGAGAGGAAGACGAAUACGCGUGUGUGAACAGGAGCCGGCUGGUAAUCAAAGAUGAUUCUGGAAUCAAGAACAAGAAAAAAAGGAAGGCUGACAAGGCCACUGAAAAAGUAAUUGAGAUGGAAGUAAAGCAGCGCAUUAAAGAACACACUCCUGAACAAAGGCGGACCAAGGCUGAACUCUCGUUCAAAAAGAUGCAGGAGAAGAUGCAAAAACAAAGGACACAACGAAAAGCUGAGAGGACUCACAAACAGCGUGUGGAAAAAUUCAACCAACAUUUGGACAGUCUGACUGAGCACUUUGACAUUCCCAAAGUCUCCUGGACUAAAUGAGUGCAUUACAUUUACAGUGUAGAAAAAUGGAUUUUACUUCAUGAGACAUUAAUUGUUCUCUAUAAGCCAUUGUAGUGUUGCACUGUACGAUAAUUUUUUUCAAUUGUGUGAGCCUGAGCUUAGAUGGCGUAAUCUCUCCACUCCAUUGCAAGAAUCGAACCGCCGGUGCAGAUUGGCGACAUUAACCUUUGAUCUCAUUCUAUUUUUGUAAAAGGAUCCAAAAAGUAAUGUGUUAAAAUUGUAUGUAAACUUUCUGUCAUUUUUUGUAUACUUGUCUUCUUAGGUUAGCUUUGUCGUCAUUUAUGUUUAAUAAACAUACAAAUUGACAAUGUCAAUGUUAUGUAUGUACCUACAAUGAUUUGUGAAAUUUACUCGU